ACAGCCGAGAACGCCCUCGAGGUCUUGCAAUGAUGAUAGUCUGCAAGUAAGCACAGAGAGCAAUACCAUGCAAGAGACCAGCCGAGAGGGUCGACUGAGCACACUCCGUGCCGAUACCCUGCGAGGGGUCGCUCUCAUUAGGCGUAAGCUGAUAAUCAAGCCUAAUGUCGAUGUUCGGAAAGCUGAUGAAGGAACUGCUCAUCAUUCGGUCCUAUCGAGGAGGUCCUUGCUGUCACAAUCUGGCAUCAGUAGAGAGGCAUGGGCGCUACCACUUGCAAACACGGACACACUUAUCCUGGUGCCAGAUGCUGUAGCGAAUAGGUCACCAUUGUGUACGCAGACAAAUGCAGAGUGCGCUGAAAUGUCGGAGAAUCAUACAACUCAGAGAGAAGCAGAACCUAGACCUACCGUUUGUCGACGAAGGAAGUGUCGUCGAGAUCGAGAGAUACGCAACUCGCCCAUCAUCACAGGCGUACUCUGCGUACUGCUUAUUGUAGCAAUGAGCCUGUACGUGGCAAUGGCGAUACCCAGAGUCAACGAUAUCCCUGCUAGCGUUCAUGUCUUCAUAAUUGGGACAUUCGUCGUAGUUGUCGGCUACAUCCUCCUCUUCUCUGUUCGUUUGCACAAAGCCAUUGAUCGACACAAGAUGGACAAGUCACAGAGUGCCGGCGCUCGACGCGGACAAUCGCGAACUGUUCGCCCUACGGAGACGGAAGAGAGCCUGAUUCCAAACAGCCCGAUCGCGGUGCAGCACGAGGCCGAUGAGGAUGUAGAGAGAGCUUCACAGGAAUCUAUCGCCAAAGUUCGGCCUCCACCACCGGCGUAUGGCAGAUGGAGAGGUAGCUAUCGUAUGGAUCCCGAGCUCUUGUAUUGGAGACGUGUUGGCGAUGCGGAGGAGGGUGAGCAGCGAAGCAGCGUGGACACGGCGCCGCCCAUGUACGCUUCACCACUGAGGCCUGCUCGGAUUAGGCAAGACGAAGUGGGCGCGACUGAGAUGGUCGAGGUCGGUCGGGCAUGC